AUGUCAAUAACCACACUGCUUAGGUCACGUUUUAGUGUAAACUUUGAGUCAAGUCAAGUCGGUGAAGAGUGUCCUGUCCAAGGCUGUCGACAAAGGCAAUACGCUUCAGAUUCAGGGCAAGAGGACAGAGGACAGAGAAGACAGAAAAAACAGAAAAACCCUUUGGAUCAGCAAACCCUUUUGGAUCAGCAAACCCCUUUGGAUCAGCAAUACCCUUUGGAUCAGCAAACCCUUUUGGAUCAGCAAAACCCUUUGGAUCAGCAAACCCCUUUGGAUCAGCAAACCCCUUUGGAUCAGCAAAACCUUUUGGAUCAGCAAAACCCUUUGGAUCAGCAAUACCCUUUGGAUCAGCAAUACGCUUCAUAUUCAGGUCAAGAGGACAGAAUACAGAGAAGACAGAAAAAACAGCAAACCCCUCUGGAACAACUAAGACGACAAGAAGGCGAGGAGUUGUCAGAGCAGUCAGAGUUGGAGCUGGAUUCCGGGUUGACUCGCCAACUAGUCGAGCAACAAGAUUUUGAGUAUCAAGAACAACAACUACCCACUUAUGAAGUGUCGCAACUUAUACAUCAACGGCUGGAAUCAACUCCUAAUUUAAGUACAAGCUUUUCAUCACUGGCUUUCUAUACACCUAUUCCAUCACUACCCAUUCCUAGAACCACGUCUAUGCUACAGCUGAAUUCUUCCGACUCAUCCAUCAUAUCAACCAAUCUUUACCAAGCACCACCACAUUCACUUUAUAGUUCUUCCGAAUCAAGCUGCAGUAUAUCAAAUAUGGCAAUCAAAGCAAGAAGCAAUAAACUACAACAAAAUUCAAUAAAAAAACUCGGCUUGAAAUUUUUGAAUGCCCGUCAACAUUUUCUUCUAGCAUCAUGUCGCAACGUUUCCCUAAUUCCUCCACUAUUUGGACUAUAUCAAUCUUGGAAACGUAUAUAUUUCGAUAAUGAAAAUUUGAGUCCACAUGUUCCUCAAAUCACUACUGCUAGGGGGUUGGAACAUUUUUCAACUGGCGUUUGGUGCGUCGUUGCUGCAUAUUUAUCAUACUCCAUUUUAGACUCGUUGAUAAUUCGAUGGAUAGUAACUUAUUCUGCAUCAGCUGCGAUUGUUCGAGUACUAUCUAUGUCAGCUAUGAUUAUCACUUUUGAGUUGUAUUUUGUCAGCACGUUUAGUGCUGAGGGAUACAAGUACGCAUUGCAUAUUUGGAUUUUGAUUAGCUGCUUGUUGACAUUGAUUUUUAUAGUGCAGAAUUUCGUUACCCUGAAUCUACAAUUAGCUAGCUAUGGUGGCACUAAUAAAGGUGACAACCUACAUCAAGUUGCAAACGGAGGGGGAAUGAGAACUGUAUACGUUUCACAAGAACCAAAUGGAACAGGCUCAAAUGAAGAACUAAAAAGGCAUGCUAGAAAGGUAAAAAAGCCUAGAAGAUUUUUCGACCUCUACAAUAUUGUGGUAUUUGCAGUUGUUCCUGUUGGAUUGGCUAGUUUCAUCACCAUGAUUGGAUUACUUCGGUCGCUAUUAAUUUUGAGAAUUGAUGUAGACCAAGCCAUUCAUGCACAGGUCUAA